AUGCUCCUGCAAAAUAUCGCGAGCCUUGACAUUCUUGCUACCUCAGUCUUCCUCGGUGGUGCUAUCCUCAUCCUCUCUUUCGCUCUCGUUUCCUACAUGGGUCUUCUCUCUUCGCGCCCGUCGAGGCGGGAAGCUUACUUCGCUGGAAAGCAUGUCGUCAUUACUGGCGGAAGCUCCGGCAUAGGCAAAGAGCUCGCUGGUAUACUGGUCGGCGCCGGCGCCUCGGUCACCCUCGUCGCCCGGAAUAUGACACGCCUUCAAAACGCCGCCAAGGAGCUCGCGCCCCCGGAUGAGUCCCUUGCUACUGCUGCGCGAGUCAAUAUUGCCUCGGCCGACUGCUCGGAUGCGAAGGCUGUCGAUAAAAUGGUCGACGACGUCGAAAGCCAAUUCGGACCCAUUGAUAUCCUCGUCAACUCUGCAGGUACUGCUGUUGGCGGCUACUUUGAGGACCUGUCACCGGAAACCUUUGAAUUUAUGAUGAAGGCAAACUAUUUUGCCCAGCUUUAUCCGACCCACGCCGUGUUCAAGCGCAUGACUCACCGUCGCGCCGGUCAGAUUGUACUCAUCAGCUCUAUGGCUGGCCAGAUCGGUAUCAUCGGGCAUUCUGCGUACAGUCCGAGUAAGUUUGCUGUGCGCGGUUUGGCUGAGGCUGUCUGGUAUGAAGGGAAACCAUUUGGCAUUGGCGUUACUGUUGCAUAUCCACCGGAUACAGACACUCCCGGAUAUCAGUCUGAGAAAGACACUAUGCCCCCAGAGACUCAUGAAAUCUCAAAUUCGAGCGGCGUCUUGACUGCAGAGAAAGUGGCUCGGGGCAUUGCGGACGGCAUGAUGCGGAAACAGUACCGGGUAAGUGCCGGGUUUAAUGGCAGAUUACUGGGAAUCGUAUCCGCAGGGUUAAAUCCUGGCGUUGGUAUUGGAGAAGUACUGUCUAUGCCGUUCCUUAGAGCCCUCGCUCCAAUCUUCAUAUGGGACCAUUGUAGAGUUACUGCGAAAGGGCAUGCUGUGAGAUUUCCCAAUGCGAACAAAGAGGCAAAACCGCCAAAGCAAGUCUAA